AUGACAAAGCCCACUAUUUUGUCACAAGAUUUCGCAGAAGUUGAUAAAGCGAUAGAUGAUAACCCAAAAGUAGUAUAUGAACAGCUGAAAGAAAUUUAUGAUAGCAGCGAAGAAAUAAAAACUAACAUUGAUUUGUUGUGGCGGUUGGGCAAAGCAUGUUUUUUGUGGGCUAAUACUUUACAAAAGAAGGAUCCGAAGAAGAAGUUGCUCAUUCUCGAAGGUCGGACAUAUGCAACGUCAGCUUAUACAAUCGAUGAGAAUAAUGCUGAAGCACUCAGAUGGGCGGCAAUCCUGAUUGGCUCUGCAACUGAUUUCCUUGGACCCAAAGAAAAAAUUGAGCAGGGCAAGAUUUUCAAGGCAUAUUUGGAUCGCGCAAUAAAGAUGCAAUCGACCGAAUAUUCAUUGCUUCAUUCACGUGGACGUUUUUCAUAUGAGGUCGCCAAUCUUACAUGGAUCGAGAAACGAUUAUGCAGUGCAUUGUUUUCUGAAGUUCCACAUGGUACAAUCGAUGAAGCUCUUAGCGAUUUUUUGGAGGCUGAAAAAUAUUCACCAUUCGCAUGGCCUGAGAAUUUACUCUAUAUCGCACGUUGUUAUGCCGUAAUGAAAAACAAAGAACUUGCCAAAAAAUACUUGGAAAAAGUAGAAAUGAUUGAACAUCUAGAUGAAGCUGAAGCGGAAGCACUAAUCGAAGUUAAAGCCGUGGUUUCUAAAUUAAGAUAA